AUGCGGGUGCAAAAUGCAAAUCCAUUAGAAGAUGUUGGAAUAGAUGCAAUUGAAUUCUACUUUCCAAGGAAUUAUGUCGAUCAAGCGGAUUUAGAACAAUUUGGUGGCGUUUCAUCCGGUAAACAUACAAUCGGUUUGGGUCAACAAGAAAUGGGUUUCUGUGCAGAUAAUGAAGAUAUUGUUUCGAUUUCGAGAACAGUCACUCGAAAUUUAUUGAAAAAUUAUAAGGUAUGUGAGGAAAAAGAUAAGGUUAUAAAUAUUAAGUUUUAGAUCUCUCCCGAUACAAUUGGCUUUCUUGCUGUUGGCACAGAAACAUUGAUUGAUAAAAGUAAAAGUGUCAAAACUGCUCUAAUGGAUUUGUUCGGGUCAAAUACUGAUAUCGAAGGUGUUGAUAUUAAAAAUGCCUGUUAUGGUGGAGCUCAAGCCCUUCUUCACGCUAUCGACUGGGUUCAUGUAAACUACGCUGCCGAAAAACGAUCAGCAAUUGUUGUAAUUGCUGAUAUUGCAGUUUAUGAAGCUGGUCCAGCAAGAUGUACUGGCGGAGCUGGUGCAAUCGCAUUUCUUAUCAGGCCCAAUUCUGCCGUUCCAAUCGAUCGAGUAUUUGCAUCAUGUCACAUGAAGAAUACGUGGGAUUUUUAUAAACCAAUCAGUAAGUUUAUAAACCAAUCAGUAAGUCAUUGUGCAAGUAUUAGUGAAACAUUUUUAGGCUCGAAUGUUAGUGAAUAUCCACGCGUUGAUGGUUCUCUUUCACUUGCCUCAUAUUUAGAAGCCGCGAGAACAUCCUACACCACUUUUAAAACAAAAGCUGCAAAAAUCGCUGACGUUGAAGUAACUUUAAAUUUCUUUGACGCCAUAUUUUUGCAUUCUCCAUUCACAAAAAUGGUACAAAAAGGAUUGGCUGUUAUGAAUUAUGUGGAUGUAAAUAAUAAUUUGAAAAAUUCGAAAAACGGGUUGAAUGAAAAUGAUCGAGCUGAUAUGGCAAAAAUGGUGGAGUUAUCGAAUAAUUUGUGGAAACGAACAACUGAUCCAUAUUUGACAUUUAAUCGAAGAAUUGGAAAUAUGUAUACACCAUCGCUUUUUGCUCAAUUGCUCGCAUUUCUUGCAUCUGAUGAUUGUAUUUCGGAGAACAAUGAAGAGAAAAAUAUAUUAUUUUUUGCUUAUGGAAGUGGUUUAGCAUCUGCUGUAUUUCCUGGAAGAGUUAGACAAACGGAAAGUUUAUCAGCGAUGAGAAAAACAUCAAUCCAAGCUUUGCAACGACUUGAUGAACGGAAAAAAUAUAGUGCUGAAGAAUUCACCGAAGUUCUAUCAAUGAGAGAGCGAUUCCUAGCAAAAGACGGUAAUUUUUCAUUUUGGAAAACGUUGUAUAUUAAACUGAUAUUUUUUUAGUUCCAACUGAACCUGAAUCACUAUCUCCAUCUUUGGAAAUCUCAUUAUUCCCUGAAACGUGUUAUCUCGAACACAUGGAUUCAUCAUAUCGUCGAAAAUAUGCGAUUUUCGAAGAAGUUGCUCAAAACGGAAUAUCUAAUGGAAAUGGAAAUGGCCAUUAA